AUGAGCUGGCUGGAGUUCAACUAUGUUCAUAUUAAUUGCUACAACAAGUUUGUUGGGUUUCUUGCUCCUGAUGAGGAGGAGGAAGCUUGUUUACUGACUGCUAGGCAAUUGUCCAAGUUGAUGCGGGAUGAAGCUCAGGUGUUUUCGUUGAUUGCAUCUUUGUCUGUUGAAAGUCAAGUUGCGAUUGAUGAGUUACAGGUGGUGCGUGACUUUGGUGAAGUUUUUUCGGAUGAUAUAUUAGAUGUGCCUCCAGAAAGAGAAGUAGAGUUCUCGAUUGAUCUUGUUCUUGGUAUCAGACCCGUUCCUAUGAUACCAUACAGGAUGUCGACAUCUGAGUUAGCAGAGCUGAAGAAGCAAUUAGAAGACUUGCUUGAAAAGAAAUUUGUGAGACCAAGUGUGUCGCCCUGGGGAGCUCCGGUGUUGUUGGUGAAGAAGAAAGAUGAUAGUAUGAGAUUGUGCGUAGACUACCCAUAG